UUUUAUUUUUUUUUAUUUUUAGAAGCAUUCAUAUAUUAUGAUUAUUAUAAGAUCAAAAUUAUAGUAAAAUAACUUGAAGAUCGGUUUUUAGUUUGUAAUUCGCCAAUAAAAACACAGAAACUACUCAUUUAUUCAACCUCAACCACACUUGUUUCUUCUUUCUUCACACAAGUCCCAAUCCAUUUCAAACACCUCAAAAAUGACGACCCACGUCAAAGAUUUCUUCGCCGGAAUCUUGGACUCCGGUAAGAACAUCAACUUAUCCAACAAAAGAAAAAAACUCUUCUUAACUACUUUUACAUCAAUCCUACUACUCUCGGCUGUAAUCGGCAUUGUCAUCGGAGUCAAAUCUCGAAACUCCACCACAGAAAGCAUCAGAGUUUCAGCCGCCCAUGCCGUCGUAAAAUCAUCAUGCAGCGCCACCUUGUACCCAGAACUAUGCUAUUCCACCAUCACCAGCCACCCCGAUAUGACCAAAAAGGUCAAAACCCAAAAGGACGUGAUCGAGCUUGCUGUUAAUAUAACAACCACUGCCGUCGAGCACAGCUACUUCCAGAUAAAGAAACUCACCACUCGCAAAGGUCUAACGCAGCGCCAGAUCACGGCGCUUCACGACUGCCUGGAGAUGGUAUCGGAGACAUUGGACGACCUCCACGAUGUCAUCAAAGACCUCGAAGAGUAUCAAACCAAAAAAUCCAUCAAGCAGCAUGCCGACGACCUCAAGACGCUAAUGAGCUCCGCCAUCACCAACCAAGAAACUUGUCUCGACGGCUUCUCCCACGACGAAGCGGACAAGAAACUCCGUAAAUCGCUGGAAAAAAGCGAGAGGAGAGUGGAGAAGAUGUGCAGCAAUGCAUUGGCCAUGAUUUGUAACAUGACGAGAACAGAUUUGGCGAAUGAGAGGAAAAUUAACGGGAGGAAAUUGAAGGAGGAACAGAAUAAUGCAUGGCCGGAGUGGUUAUCUACCGGAGAUAGGAGGUUGUUGCAGUCAGGGACGGUGAAGGCAAACGUGGUGGUUGCUGCCGAUGGUAGUGGAAACUACAAGACGGUGGCGGCUGCGGUGGCAGCAGCGCCGUCAAAGAGCAAGACAAGGUACGUGAUUAGGAUAAAGGCCGGUGUUUACCGGGAAAACGUGGAGGUGCCGUCGGCCAAAACUAACAUAAUGUUUAUGGGAGAUGGAAGAAAGAAUACCAUCAUCACCGGUAGCCGGAGCGUUAAAGGAGGAAGCACCACUUUCGAUUCCGCCACCGUGGCUGUCGUAGGUGAUGGAUUCUUAGCACGUGACAUAACAUUUCAAAACACCGCCGGAGCUGCAAACCACCAAGCGGGGGCACUUCGCGUCGGCUCAGAUUUUUCCGCAUUCUAUCAAUGUGACAUGUUGGCAUACCAAGACACCCUUUACGUCCACAGUAACCGUCAAUUUUACAUCAACUGCUUCAUCGCCGGCACCGUGGAUUUCAUCUUCGGCAACGCUGCAGUGGUAUUCCAGAACUGCGACAUCCAUGCACGCCGCCCUGGACCCGGUCAAAAGAACAUGCUCACGGCACAAGGCCGCACCGACCCUAACCAAAACACAGGGAUUGUGAUUCAAAAGUGCAGGAUAGGUGCCACUUCCGACCUCCUACCGGUGAUAGGGAGUUUUCCGACGUAUCUAGGACGACCAUGGAAACUCUAUUCAAGAACUGUGGUGAUGCAAUCAACGGUUAGCAAUGUGAUUCAUCCAGCCGGAUGGUUUGAGUGGGAUGGGAACUUUGCGCUUGAUAGUUUAAGCUACCGUGAAUACCAGAACACUGGUGCCGGAGCUGGAACUUCCGGUAGAGUAAAAUGGAAAGGGUUCAAGGUGAUUACAAGUUCAUCAGAGGCUCAAGGGUAUACUCCGGCAAACUUCAUUUCAGGGGGUAGUUGGUUAAGCUCUACUACCUUCCCUUAUUCACUCAAUCUGUGAACAAAUGGAUCGAUUUAGGGUAACUGUUGUGUGUAAGAGGAUGAAAGUUUUGUAUCGAAUAAUUUGGUUGUUUUCUUUAGGUGGAGUUUGACGU